AUGGUUGAUGAAGUUAUUGAAAGCCUAAAACUAGAGAAAGAUAGGUUUUUUGUCGAAGCAGGUCAAAAAACUAGUUCAAUUCUUGAUAUGUCAUCAUCAAGAUUGUCAAAGAGACGUACUAUUAGUAAGAGGCUCGAGUUUCUACCAUUUAACAAUGACUCGUGUGUUAUAACAUCGAUGGAUUCUAUUGAUUCUUAUGGGGAAACAAGCAGGUCAAUUCUUGAAGGUUCAUCAUCAAGAUUGUCAAAGAGUACUAAUAAUAGUACUAGUAGUAAAAGGCUCGGGUAUCUACCAUCGAAUGACUCAAUUGUUAUAAUGCGAUUGAUAUCGAGGGAUCCUUAUGAGGAUAUCAAGUAUUUUUUGGAAAGAAUGGUUGAUGAAAAUCUAGAGAUUGAAGAUUGGGAAGAGUCUCUUGAAGAGUUAUGUGGUUGGCUAUUGGAGAUUAAUGAGAAAAACAUUCAUAAGUAUAUUGUUGGUGCAUUUUGUGAUUUGUGGAUGAGCUAUUCAGGUACUUCAACAACAAAUACUCCAUUUGGAUUUAGUUCUAGUGAACCUCCUAGUCUCUAUUUUAUGUCUUUGAUAGAAGAUGAGGCUGAUCAGAUGAUUGCAGCGUCAAUAUCCAGUGUAACUCCAUAA